GUCAGCAGCAGUUUGCAAACACGGCUCAACGGGAGGAGCAGGCACAGACCCAGACCUGUGUGCGCGCCGGAGGCACGAUGGAGGAGAAAAAAAACUUGUUUUCUAAUUUUGUCCUCACUCUCUGCAACUUCUCGUUUUGUGCAACUCUCAUGAAAUUCAGAUUGAAGGCCUGCCACACUUGAUGUCCCCCUUCUGGCGCCUCACGGUUUAUGCCGGCGGGACGCAGGAUGGUAUCCUGACUGCUGUCCUGAAGAUGCGACUGGCUGCAGUUGUGGGCCAGUGUGGUCUGUGAUAACUGGGGCUCCUGGCACGAGGAAUGUUGUUGCGGUGUGAAGCAUCAUCCCGGGGGAGAAAAACUCUGUGUGUCAGACAACAGGGAGCACUGCCGCGCCUGAUUAAAAUACCAGCGAUCACACCCGCCACCCGGGGUCACAACUGACAUCAACUGUAAACUUUCUUCCCCAGUGAGUAACCCUGUCAUUCUCUGGAUAAGCGCCAUUAUUCGUAGUAGAUUCCAGUGAGAAUGAGAAGACUAUGAGCUGAAGGCUAGAUAGUUCUGGUGAGCAUUGGUAGGUAAAGUAAACUCUGAAAGUUACUCGACAGUCGAGACUCUGAUCACCAUCCGCAGCAACGUCACUCGCGUGUUUGACCUUACGUGUACCAAAGGUCAUGUCGAGAGCAUUCGCCUGGUAGAUGCACACACACCGGCAGGCUGCAAUGUCGACUGUAAUGGAUUCGCUGCUUCGCCGCUACAGCGAUGCCCGGAGCUUGACCUGCCUUCAGCUGGACCCUGGCACCCGAGGUGCCUGCCGGCCACACCCGAGCUGCCCGACUGUCCGCCUGGCAGAUUGCAGCAGACGACAAGCAGCAAAUCUCACUAAGGCUAAAAAUUCACGGAUUGUUCCCAGGGGAAAAAAUGUUUUGGCCUCAGCAGGCGACAAUUGCAGCAGCCCUCUGGCGGAAGUGGCGACAGUUUGUGAAAGGGUUAAAGAUGACAGGAAAUGGCGGUUAACAAAAAUUCGCUCGUCCAUUAUUGCUUUUCCGCAAGGAAAUGAGAAGAGAGUGCAAGGACCAGGUGCUUUUUCGCUCAAACAAAAGAGACUGACAAGAGGAGCAGCUGACUGGGGCUUGUGUCCAAAACCUCCCGAAGGCUGUUGUAGUCGUUGCUGCACCUCCGCCAGCGCCGCACAGAACGUUCCGACGUCACGUGUGCCAAUGACUGCCGAGCGUCACAGCAGCGAGUGGCAGGCAGACCGUCCGUUGGACACCAGCAGCUCCGUACUCCACAUCAGCGCCAAGCGCCGCCGACCUGUUGCAGCAGCUGCAGCAGCAGCAGCAGCAGCAGCAGCAGCAGCACACUGUCCUGCAGCCCCAACCCGUCAUCCAUCGUCAUCCCACCACUCCUUCCGGCUUCUCGGCGCUGAUGCAUCCACCAUGUUGUCCGCCAUCAUGUCGUGUCUUGGCUGCGGCACGUUGAGGUUAGCCGUCGUCCUGACCUUGCUGACCUUACUGCAGCUGCUACCGUGGAGUGCCGCCAUCGUGUACCGCAAGCAGAUGAGCGACCGCAUCAUCACCACGCGCUACGGCAAGGUGCGCGGCAUCCUGGUGGAGUUCCCCAGCCGCCAUCUGCGACCUGUCGAGGCCUACUUCGGACUGCGCUACGCCGACCUGGACCAGGGCAACAUGCGCUUCAUGCCCCCCAAGAACCCCAAGGAGCAGUGGAUGGGGGUGAGGUCCGCUGUGCACCCGCAGCCCGUGUGUCCGCAGCUCACGCCGCAGCACGAACGGGAGUACGCACAGAUGGCGCCCGACGGACGAGCCAUGCACCUGCGCAACAUCACACCUUUCCUCACCAACCAGGGCGAGGACUGCCUCACCCUCAACCUCUACGUGCCCAUCCAAGCCUGGAACGACACGACGCCCAUGCCUGUCAUGGUCUUCAUUCACGGGGAAAGCUACGAAAGCGGAACAGGAAAUGCCUACGAUGGCAGUGUCCUGGCCAGCUUCGGGGAUGUCAUUGUGGUCACUUUGAACUACCGCCUAGGAGUCCUAGGAUUUCUUACUACUCUUGACCAGUCUGCAAUGGCCAACCUUGGGUUGCUGGACAUCACACAGGCGCUGCUAUGGUUACAAGAAAAUAUUGCAAGUUUUUAUGGUGACCCCAAGCGUGUGACAUUGUUCGGGCACGGGCACGGGGCUGCUCUAGUCAACUUACUCCUACUUUCUCCAUUUGUCUCAGAAGGAAGAGGCCCAUUCUUUCAGCAAGCCAUCAUACAAAGUGGAUCAGCUUUAUCCACGUGGGCAGUGUCCUAUGACCCACUAUGGUGCACCAACAAGCUGGCUCUCAAAGUCAACUGCUCCUCCUUCAUUGACGACACCAGCAAACUCAUCGGUUGCCUGCGUCAAAGGUCGUUUCCGGAGCUCCUGAAUGCCGCGCCCCAGGCUCCCAAGUACUAUUCCUGCUUUGCCCCGGCAGUAGACGAGUGGACCGUCCUGCCCAAGCAGGUGGAGCAGCUCAUCAAGGAAAAACAAUCCAAGUUUGCGUCCGUGCCAGUGAUGUUUGGAAUCACCAAAAACGAGGCUUAUUCGUACCUGAAACAACAGGAGAUCCACAAAGGUGUGUCUGAUUUCCGCAAGACUCAGAUCGUGCGCACGUACGUGCAGAACGUGUACCGCUACCACCGCCAGAAGAUAUACGAGAUCCUCGACCAUGCUUACACCGACUGGACACAGACGGCCGACCCCAUGUCCAACCGAAACAACGUUCUGGAACUACUCAGUGACGGGCAGUACGUGGCUCCACUCAUCCAGACCGCCAACUACCACGCGGAGACAGCGGACACCUACCUGUACGCCUUCUCCUACUCCACACAGUCAGAGUCCACCACCCAGGACAACGAGGACGUCCAGGGUAUUCAUGGGGAUGAACUGCCUUAUGUCUUCGGAUCGCCUCUCGUGGACGGUUUAUCGCCAUUCCCAUCCAACUACAACAGCGUGGAGAAGAUGAUGAGUGAAGCUGUCAUGACUUACUGGACAAAUUUUGCAAAAUCAGGAAAUCCGAAUGAGCCUCGAAACCAGACUUCACUGCAUGGUGCAAAGGUGCUUAACAGGUUUGUGGACAUGAGGUGGCCACCCUACGAGAAAAGCACGAAGCAAUACAUGUUAAUCAGUCGACGUCCAGCUAUCCGGCACCACUACCGUGGGACAAAGCUCGCCACGUGGUUGGAGCUGAUACCCAAAAUCAAUCAGCCUGACGGAUCUGAUCCCUCUUCCCACCUGCUGUCUGACUCUCAUAACCAGUCCACGUUUGAUGACUCUCAUCGGCUAAUUCCUCCCUUCAGCCAAGUCUUCCCCUCGCCACCUCCUAUGCCCCCCAUAUCUCCUACCAUGUCCUAUCCCAAUGAUGAUCCUUCUACCUUAAGCUACCUGCCUCCUACAAUAAACCCCGAUGGCGGACGAUGGUCUUUAGCAAGCAGUGAUAAGAUACCCGGCGAUGACACAACAGCAAACGACAAAGACAGUGAUGUCACCGAUGAAAAUAAAGCGGCCACUACAAUAUCUGCAUCGGAACAUCAGCAGCCUGAUCAUGUGAGUGGCUCUGUUCCUCUCAGCAUCACAGUGGCUGUUGGGUGUACUCUGCUUUUCCUCAAUCUUCUCAUCUUCGCGGCUGUCUGCUAUCAGAGAGAACGUAUCUGGAAGCUUCGUCAGCGACGAGAACAGUACGACCCCGACGAUGUCAGGCUGUCCCGGAAGGUGGAGAGGGAAACUAAGCUCAGCUCGAUGGCGGGACCAGAAACGGACUCUUUGAUGUCCGCCGCCACGGGAGUCGUAGCCACAGGUGUUAAUAGCUAUGGCGACGGAGGGUUUAAAGAGGCGCACGAGGAUUCUCCCGGCCGGGUGUUGGGUGGUGAGGGAGGAGCAGACCACUCUGCAGGAACCCUGGGUCGUCGCAGUCCCCCCAACGCUGGCAAGAAGGGGCCCUCCAACACCUCCCUGCAGCGUGGGUCUGCUGACACCAGCAACUACAACUACGUCGCCGUCCCCACUCACUCCACUUCUCCUGCUCACCGAACACAUUUGCCUGGCCCAGGAAUAAUGGGCAUGGCUAACUCUAUCCCGUCGUAUCCUAUAUAUCAUAGUCAUCCACCGCCUCCUCUCCCGAGCCUUCAAAUGAACACCUUUGCCAACAACUCAGCCACUGCUUUGCAUGGUGGCAAGGGUACAAGGAUAGGAAGCACUGUCACUCCCAGAGGAAUGGGUAGUGAGGCAGCUGACACAGGUUUGUAUAAGGUCAUCAAUAAGGCCGCUCUACCACCCCAGCCCAGAGACUCAAGUAGUGUGACCGGAGUCUCAUCUGCAAACAAUGCUAUUACUAUUGUAUAGCCAGUUUCAUUUCUAAAGAUUGUAGUCGUGAAGAUUUAAGUGCUCGGACUGGCGAUCGUACCAGGUUAUGUCCAGCUGUGUAUUUUAGUGUCCGUAUCAAAUUUUUGAACCACAGACUGCCAACAAGUAUAGUAAUUACAUUUAAGAUAAUGCAGAAAAUUUCUGGGGCAUGUAUGGUCUUGCUGCAUUGAUGUAAAGAUUGACAUUUUUUUUGCCACCACAUCCUGCAAACAAGAACACUUGCUGAUAUGCUACAUACAGAGUCGGCGUAUUACUGUAUUUACUGAGGUCAUUCUUAUUUUCCUCAAAACUUUCCUAAAGUUCGAUUGACUGUAAAGAACUGAACUUGGUACUGUACUUUUUAUAUAGGCAAUAUGCAGUGUCUAGAUUGUGAUGUGCAUGAGAUAAACUUGCCCCUAGAAAAGAAUGCUGUGCAUAUCACAUAAAGCCACGUAGCAACGGACUUGUAUUUCAUCGGACAUUAUAUUUUUUGGACCUGGCGUGAUUUUGUGCCUGUUUAGUCUUUGUUUGGAAUACAUUCAUAGAGAAUAUGCUUAUACUAAUUCAUAAAGAUAGCUGCUGUGUAUUCACAUUGGUUCAUCUGCAGUAUCAUGCCUUCGCUCUUUUAUUAGCUUACAGACGACUGAUCUGAUAAUGAUUGCUGUAAUCCACUGUGCAUUGUUUAUCUUAAGAUAUGGUAAGUGGUGUCUGAUAAUAGGCCGAUCUACUGAUGGAGCAAGUACUGUCUGAUCAAUAAAAUUAAUACAUUAAAUGAAGUUUACUUAAGCACUGUUUUUAUUAUUGAUCUGAUAAGCAAGUUUAAUUAAGAUAUCAUUAUUUAUCUAAUGAUAAAGUUUAAGUACUGUCUUGUCAAUGAUCCUAAGAUUUAAGCAAGUACUAUCUUAGCGAUGGUCAGUGAAGUUUAAGUACUGUUUAUCUGGUCAAUGAUCUUAUGAUACUUCAGUUAAACACUAUUUGAUCAAUAAAUCUGAUGAUGACAUUUAAUUAUGCAGUGUAUCUUAUAAGUGACUGAUCUAAUAAUGAAGAAAUGUAAAUGUCUGCUUGAUGACUGAUGAUAAUUAAUCACACUCCUCACAUAGAUUAGAUAUACAUAGCCGUUGGAGGAGUGAUGUCUCAUAAGGCCUAUAUCAGACUACCUAUACUGCUGAAUACUUCAUGCCUUGUAUAAAUAAUGUCAAAUUUCAGUUUAAAAUGCUAUUCAUGAAGAUAGCAAAUAGCAAUAAAUUUUAUUAUUCUUUAAAAAAAAAUCAAUAGAAACAAAAUUUAAAAUAAUCAUUAUUUAGCAAACAUUUCCUCCCUUUAGUUUACCUACAUCUCAUUGGCCACACCAACAGUAAAUAUAAAACAUUAAACAAAAAUGCCCAGGACAGUAAAAGUACAUCAUCUUGAAAGCAGAGCCAUACAAAUGCAAAGUUCAACUUCAAAAUAUUAAUAUACUUCUACGCCUUUGAGAAAAGAGUAAUUAGCAAAGGGUUGAGAUCUGCACGACAACAACUUCCUAACUUGUUCAUUUUAAUGUUUACAUGUGCACUCUUGUUUUUAUUACUUCUAAACCAAGUGCUAAGAGGCAUACUUUGAAAAGGUUCUGUACAAUUCUUGCCAGGAUGCUUUCUCCUGUCAUGUGUUGGCUCCACAGGUCUGUGCAGGCAGACAUUUCAACAAAUUGAAAGACUAAGAAUAUGGUCAGUACAUAUUUUUUCAUUUGUAGUGACUUGCAUCGCUUGUGAUUUUCUGCAUAAUGGUGUGGUCUUGAAGUAGCCUCCCUGUCUGAAUUUUAUUUCAAAGUCUUGGGUAUAGUUGUACCCAGUACAGAACUCUGCUGCUUUUCUGGUGUUUGGAGUUAAGAAACGGGACUAUGCCACUCCUCUCCUCUCCUGCACUGGCUUUCUAUCUGUUCUUGUAUCCAGUGCAAACUGUGCUGUGUUUUAAUUUCUUUGCUGGCAACUGCCCUGAUUAUUUCUCUGAACUGCUCUUCCCUUACAUCCCAGCUGCACAACUCCGCUCUUCAUCUGAUGAUCAUCUUCUCACUCUUCCCGUCACCAGAACAACAACAUAUGGCCACAGGAUUUUGGGUUAUUGUGCAGCAAAACAAUGGAUCUCUCUUCCUUUCCAUAUCCGCCACCUACCCACUAUUGAAUCCUUUAAACGCUCACUGAAAAUGCACCUUUUCUGUAAACAUUACUCGAAAUAAAGUUUCCCACUGUGCUAGUUGUUUUUUUUCACCCUUUCCUGCUUUUCUUCCCUUUGCAAUAUCAUGUUACUCUCAGCUCUUGUUCUUGCUAUUUAGUUCCUCUUUGUGUUUACUGUAUUUGAUUUUAGAUCACCAAACUUCCAGUGGUAUGUUUUGGGGCCUUGUGAGUAUAAAAGCAAAUUUAUAAAUUUUUUGCUAUUCUCUACUUAGAAUUUUCUUGCCCUGUUUUGCUGAAAUUAUACAUGAAUCCACAAGCUGAGGUGGUAUGUACUGUCUUCACAUUUUUUUUUUAUUGCCUCCAGCAUAAGAUUACCAGAUGAAACUUAUGAACAGUAAUUCAGUUUAAAAACCUGGCAUGCUGAUGUCCCUUUAUACUUAGUGUUUCCAUUGCACUAGCAACGUCCAGAACCAAGGUACUUAAAUGUUUUCUUUGCGUAACCACACAUGAAUGCAGCCACACGUCAUGCAUGUAUACACUAUAACAAAUUGAUAUGUAACUAGUUACAAUCAAAGCAGUUUUUGAAGGAUUUAGAUGUAUUCUGUUUUUAAUGAUUUUGCUGUUUUAAACAGCACCUUCCUUAAGCCUUGUGCCUAAAAAUCAUGCAUCUCUCUCAACAAUUCACUGUGGAAAGUUUGAUCAGCUUUUUUAGUAGCUAAAGAUUAUAAGCAUUAUAUGCUAGUAUAGCUGUAAAUACUGGUGUGUAAUUACAGUUCUAGUUUCUGUGAAGGAGCCAUUUGUCAGCAUAAAUGCAUGCCAGCUCAUAAUUGUGUUGUCUGAAGUGCUCUAGACAUUUUCUCCAAGUUGUAACGGGUUUUGAGACUGCAGCCAGAUUUGUUAUGUAAAUAUCACCACCACUUAAAUAUUGUUGUACAUUCUGGUGUUUGUUACUCCUAUUGCCUAGCAUGAGCAUGACUGUGGGAAGAGAGGAGACAGAAAAUCUGUGAAUAAUGAUUUAUUAAUUUUAGGAUCAAUGCCCCGUUAUAAAUGCAUGAAUACAUAAUAAAAAUCAAAAACAAGA